GCUUCUUCAGAGAGACUGAUUCUCCUUCUUGAUCCGCUCACUGACUCUUCACUUUCUCUAGCUCUCUGUUUCUCUCUUCAUGCCAGCUUGCACUAGUUUGACAAACUAAAAGAAAACACUAGAACCAAAGAUGACUUCCACCAUUCGUAUGACCACGACCAAGAGCAGCUCUGGAGGCUCUGGAGGCUCCGGAGGCUUCAAAGGAUCAGGAGUGAGCUUCAGAAGCAGCAGCGGUGGCGGUGGCGUUGGCUUUGGAAGCCGUUCCUUGAUCAUGCCAAGCCGGUCCAGGAUGAGCGUCGUGUCCUCAUCGUUCGGCGGUGGUCGUGCUGGUGGUGGUGGUGGCGGAUAUGGAGGUGGAGCCAGCUUCAGCUCCAUGUCAAGCUACGGCGGCAUGGGUGGUGGUGGCGGCGGCUUUGGCGGAGGGUAUGGUGGCGGCAUGGGGAUGGGUGGCGGCAUGGGGAUGGGUGGUGGUUUCGGUGGCGGACACGGUGGCGGUUUCGGUGGCGGAGGUUUCGGUGGCGGCAUGGGCGCCCCCAUCACCGCAGUGACCGUCAACCAAAGCCUACUGGCCCCCCUCAACUUGGAGAUCGACCCCAACAUCCAGGUGAUCCGCUCCCAGGAGAAGGAGCAGAUCAAGGGCCUCAACAACCGCUUCGCCUCCUUCAUCGACAAGGUCCGUUUUCUGGAGCAGCAGAACAAGAUGCUGGAGACCAAGUGGAAUCUAAUGCAGGGACAGACCACCACCAAGUCCAACAUCAACGCCAUGUUCGAGGCGUACAUCGCCAACCUGCGCAGGCAGCUCGACUCCCUGGGCAAUGACAAGAUGAAGCUGGAGAGCGAUCUGUCUAAUAUGCAGAACAUGGUGGAGGACUUCAAAAACAAAUACGAGGAUGAAAUCAACAAGCGUGCCAGUGUGGAGAACGAAUUCGUCCUGCUGAAGAAGGAUGUUGAUGGUGCUUACAUGAACAAGGUUGAGCUGGAAGCCAAGGUCGAUGCGCUCCAGGAUGAGAUUAACUUCCUCAGGGCCAUCUACGAAGAGGAGCUUCGCGAGAUGCAGUCCCAGAUCAAGGACACCUCAGUGGUGUUGGAGAUGGACAACAGCCGUAACCUGGACAUGGACUCCAUCGUGGCCGAAGUGCGCGCUCAGUACGAGGACAUCGCUGCCAAGAGCCGUGCCGAGGCUGAGAGCUGGUACAAGCAGAAGUACGAGGAGAUGUCCACCUCCGCCGGACAGUACGGUGAUGACCUGCGCAACACCAAAUCUGAGAUCGCCGAACUGAACCGCAUGAUCAGCAGACUGACCUCUGAGAUUGAAUCUGUUAAGGGCCAGCGCGGGAACCUGGAGGCUCAGAUCGCUGAGGCAGAGGAGCGCGGGGAGCUGGCAGUGAAAGACGCCAAGGCCCGUAUUGCAGAUCUGGAGGCCGCUCUCCAGAAAGCCAAGCAGGACAUGGCCCGCCAGGUCCGGGAGUACCAGGAGCUGAUGAACGUCAAGCUGGCCCUGGAUAUUGAGAUCGCUACCUACAGGAAACUCCUGGAAGGAGAGGAGAGCAGAAUCAGCUCAGGCGGUGGAGCAGUCACAGUACACAUGCAGCAGAGUGUAUCUUCAUCUGGAGGCGGAUUCGGAAUGGGAGGAGGCGGAGGCGGAUACGGAAUGGGAGGAGGCGGAGGCGGACACGGAAUGGGAGGAGGAAUGGGAGGAGGAGGCGGCGGUGGAUUCGGAAUGGGAGGAGGAAUUGGAGGAGGAAUGGGAGGAGGAAUGGGAGGAGGAUCAAUGAGUGGUGGAGGAUACGGAGGCUUUAGCGGCGGCAGCAGCGGCGGUGGUGGUGGCAGCAGCAAAGUGUCCUAUUCACAAUCCUCCGUGACCAAGUCCAAGCGCUACUAAAACCGUCGACCCCCCUCCCCCCCUUCGAGAUCGGGUUUCGGCCUCUCCAGUUCACACGUUUCUCUCCAACAGAGCACCAAUCAGUCCGAACAGUCUAGUACCCCUUUAGAACCCUCUCCCUGACCCCCCCAUUCCUAUCUCUCUAUCCCCUCAAAGAUCUUUCUAUAGGUCCUGUUCUCUAUCAGUUGGCGCCUGUGUCAACAAUCUUGUAUAUUUUUUGGAAAAGCAAAACUCAAACAUCCAAAGAAAUAUGUUGCAAAUGUUUGUGUUGGGGAUGGAUGGGGGGAGUGUGGGGUGGGGGCUUCUCCUUUUUUAAUGUUCUGUAUUGUGCUUCUCUUUUGUCGCCUCUUUGUGGACAGAUUGUAUGAAUGCAAUCGGCUUUUCUAACAUCAUCUCUGCAAUAAAUCCGAGUUUCUAAAUGAA